CUGGCUCUACCUCGUCUUCUUCAACGGCCUCUGGAUCGUCUUCCCCGUCUGGAUCUUGUGGGAAGCAUACCAAGCCAUGAGCUCCGCGAUGUCGCAGGCCGAAAUGGUCGACCUUGUCAAUUAUCUCAAAAAGGAUGAUUGAUCGCGUCAGCACCUAGAUCAGCAUACUACCUUCGUGUGUAAGAGGGAAACAUAGAGGGGUGGAAAGGGUUCGACAUGGCAAAAGCAUAAUUUGCACGCAUAUAAGCGCGGAAGUUUCUGGAGUUGAUUGAUAAGACUUAUUUUAGAGGCUUGAUUGCUGCUUAAAACAUGUACAGAGUUACGAUUACUUCUCUCAACGUGGACAUGCCAGAGGGUUUUAGAAUUCAGUUCCCUGCGUGCACAGACGAGGCCGAUGCACCCCCGCCACUCUCCUGUAACAGAUGGCAUGGUAUGGUAAGAUGUUGGCAGUGUGCUUCCGGGACAGGAGCGACGAAGUAGCUGGGAACCGUGUUAUGAGUAGUAGUGGUUGUGUCACUUCAUUGUGUGUGCUCGAGUGUACCUCAAUGGCCAACAGUCCGAGUCUGUGCGAUCCACUGAAGACAGAAAGCGUCGAUAUCAUGGAAGCCCAAGCGCGAUGUGAAGUGUCGGGGAAUGCGACCCAACCUCGUCGUCUUUCCGCCCCUCUUAAUGGCAU